AACCUUUGAAGCUGGGUCCCUAGCAUGUGCAUUUCGUUUUCUACCUACGCUUUUGCUUGUGAUCAUCAGCUAUGCAAUAGAUCAUUCCUCGCAAGGGAAAUUGCCUGCUUGUGACCGCAUUGCUCGCGCCUAGCUUGUAUAUCGACCUCUCCGAGCUGUGUCAGUCUCGCGAUGCACAUACAAGUACGCAAGCCAAGGGAGACGAAAUAUAUAGAGCUGAGCUCUCCGAAUGACUGAACGCCAUCUUGUCGAAUCAGCUGUUGGAUUAGCAGGACGUCUGUCGCACAUCCCAUACGGGACCAACAAGGCAGAAGAUUGUGGCUGGCGUUCUUCUCGGAACGUCACCCGGAAUGCUCCGGUUUUCAAAGCCCUUGGCCUUUACAAGACGUGGAUCUCACCCGAACCAGAUCGUGUCUCAGACUCGCAGCCACUUUCUGGGACCUUAUGGGAGCAAAGCCGCAGACAGCAAAACUGGCUCUUGAAACACCAUCCCGAGGCUAGCCUGGGGAACAACUUGCUUCAUGACUGCUUAGAGGAAGAGGAAUCACUAUUUCCAUCCCAACAAGAUUAUGGUUGCCAAACAUGCUUCGUUUCCUUAGGCGAACUGACCGACACAUCCUUACGGAAACAUGCUGGUAUCCCACUAGUUGUUGCCGUCACUGGUAGUGCAAACAACGUACUCCGCUUAGCAAGGCUAGACCAGGAAAGAUGGGCGUGGCCCCAAGAGCCAAAUAUCGCAACGCAGCUGGUUGGAUUAGCCCCUGAAAAGCCUGCAUUUUGGAUAGAUGAUAACGAUGUGGGGCCCAUUCAUCGUGUGAAGUGUAUAGUCGACCACAAGCCAUAUAGCCCUACUAGGUGGUUGGCUGUUCAGCGAGAUUCGGGCACCACCAUAUUUCAACCGGAGUAUCGCAAAGCGUCAGUAGAUGAGAGCUUCGGAAGGGAUUCUUCACCUAUCGCUGCGAACCCGCUCUUUCAUGUAUCGAGGGAGCAGACUGGGGGCAACAUCCAUUCCGAUGUUUCUUUCAACCCAGGCACGCGGUCAAACCCCCCACAGCUUGCGAUUGUUGAUGAACGAGGUUUUUGGAGUGUAUGGGAUGUUAAAUAUAACUCGAAACCCAAAACCACCCGCGAGCCAAUAUCAAGACUGAGAACAUGUGGCCAUAUUGAGCGCGGUGUCCUAGGGCAAAUUCCUCAUCGAGAUCGAUCCGCUGUGGCGUGGCACAAGAUUCUUUGGGUUGGUCGUUCAGAGGACCAUCUGGAUUUGUUGGGUAAUCUAGAUCUUAAUCUCGAUCACGAGGAUUCAACUUCUCAAGUUUCGUCUCCACCAUUACAACGGAGCUCGUCACUACUUGUAUGCAACCUGCAUCAAGUCAAGCUUUUAGAUGUCAUUGCUGGUGUAUAUCUGCCAGAUCUCAACUUCUGUCGUCCUGACAGUCUAGACUGCGUAUUAGAUGUUCACAUUGCUCACGAUCCACAGUUUUUUUAUGUGUUGACCACUUCUAAGCUGUUCAUUGUCAGAGUCUAUUCUACUCCGGGAGUAGAAUGGGACAAGCCAGAAAAAAUAUGGUCAAUAGUAUUCUCGACACCUCACUAUAGGAGCUGCUUUGAUCAUAGUCUCAAGCUUGCUGUUACCCAAGGACUCAAACCCGUCCACGUGACCUCGUUUGUGCACAUAUACUCGUCCACGAAUUCAUGGAUUGAUCUCUUUCACGUCGAAUUUUCGUCAACGGAUCUGAGCAGUGUUUUAUGUCAAGCAAAUGUUACUGGACUCGGCAGCCUGCAAAAGACCUUGAACAGCGCUAUCAGGACAUUAUACAUCAGCCCAGCGCCUAUCAUCGUCAAGACACCUAAGUCACAUACAAAACUCGGCAAUGGGUUAGUUGAAAAACGAAUCAGAUUCUACCAGGUAUUGGCCCUCAGAGCAGACAUGUCUGUCGUAUCGGUUGUUUGUGCAUCCUCGUCGUUACCCUCUCUCCCAAUCGUUUUACCGAGGAAGUAUGUUGGCCGUCGAACAAAAGCUGAGUAUCGGAAUGAUGAAGACUUGCGACGCCUGCCCUCUGAGUUUAUAGUAGACGAUAGUUUGGCUAUACUAACGAAAGACUCUCCAACUAUCGACUACAGAAAUAUCAAAGCAUUUUACGAGCACCUCAGUACCUUUUCUGAAGAGCUAGAGCAAGACAGCACUGCUGGGUCUGCUAAAGCAAGUAUCUGUAAACACAACCCUUUUGAAGCGGUUCACCAAUAUGCCGAGGAAGCGGUGAGCCGCGGGUUACUGCCUAUCAGCACACUCCUACGGAUCAUGCCGAACUUCAAGAGCUUAUCCAGACAUUCAUUGUCCGGUGUGGAAUGGGAAGACGAGCUGGAAAUUUUGAAUAACGUACAUCCAGGCCUAGUCCUCUGUACAAUUGGUUCGUUGCGUUCUUGUCUACGCUUUUCUGCGCCGGGGCCACUGCAAGAAGUAUACUCCAGGCUCCUCGAACUUUCAAACAAUUCCUUGCACCGUGGGGGCAGCGAUGAUGAAAACGGCCAACGAAUCGUAUCGAUAUCCGAGGAGAUAACUUACGACCUUUACUUGUCAUUACAUAGCAUCAGUUAUCGCAACGCAGGCGGUGACUCGCUACAGACCACCACGGAGGAAACCAUGUUAUUAGACAGCCAACCUGAAAGUCUUCCCAGCAGCCCCCAAAGGCCCGAAUCUCCCACAUCUUCUGCAUGGUCACAAAGGUCCAACUCAGAGGCCGUAGAGAAUGAAGAUCCUGCGAUGUCACUACUUAGGGCCUAUACGGGAACCGGGAAUUUCGUACCUCAAAAGAAGUUGGAGCUUCUAGAUAAGUGGAAAUUGGGCAUGAAACCAUCAGAGUACACUUUCGAUCUUGACAGGAGUGGCGAUGCAGACGCGGGAAAGCUGAGGAGGGCAAAGCAGCAGGCUCGAGAAGAGCGUAAACGCCGUCGGGCACAAACCCUCAUUCACCUAUCGCAGGAGCCAGAGCUUCCGGCUACCCAACCCGCUCCAGAGACUGCUUUCUACAGUAGUCAGCCAAGGGGUAUGAGUUCGCAGCAGCAGAUCACCCAUUCGGAUCCAGUACACAUGAUGUCACAACCUGCAGCGGGGACGUUUGGUAGAAGACCAACCAAGAAAAUAAAAAAACGGAAAGGUGGCUUCUAAUAGAUGACAUGUUGGAUAGCUGGCUGGUGCAUGUAUGAACCCAUUUGUAUAAGUACCUAAAUAGAUAUGUAUGGGAAAGUCUUAAAGGUGCUAAGCACAUGCCUCUGCAUGUCCUCAAUUUUAUAUCUAAUAUAUGCUGUGAUGCCUUGAUUCAAAAAACCUAGC